AUAGAAAAAGGGCGUAAUUCCAAAACAAACCCCAUUCCAUCUUUCUUCAUAUCCUCUGUCUCCCAUUCUGCCCCCAUGGCCAUGGAUAAGAUGCCUCUCUUCCUCCUCUGAAGAAACCUUGGCCCUAUAUUUCCCUUGUCUCCAGAUUCAUCCACAACAAUUUUGCAGCCCCACUCUUGGCUGUUUUCUCAGCCAUGGACAUAAGUAGCAGCUGCACCGCCGCCGCCGCCGCCGCCACUGUCAAAACCCCUGAAGCUGAGACUGAGACCCCUCCCACCCGGAUCUACCCCGCAAAGCCCCUCUCUUACAGCAGCAACGGCGUGCUCAAGCGCCUCAACACCCCCCUCCACGACGGCCGCCGUCACGCCGCCGAAACCCACCACGCGGUGGUGGUCAACUACAGGGAGUGUCUCAAGAACCACGCCGCCCCGCUCGGCGGGCACGCCGUCGACGGAUGCGGCGAGUUCAUGCCCUCGCCCGCCGCCAACCCGUCCGACCCGACUUCCCUGAAAUGCGCCGCUUGUGGGUGCCACCGCAAUUUCCACCGCCGGGAACAUCCGGAUGAGGUUCUUUCCCGUGCCGAUGUGGUACCGGCUAUCGAGUACCAGCCGUACCACCGCCACCACCCUCCGCCGCCGCAGGGCUCCCACAGCAGCCCGCCGAGUUCUCCUUCCCCGCCGCCGAUCUCCUCGUCGUAUUACCCGUCGGCGCCGCACGUCCUGCUAGCUCUCAGUACCGGAAUGGUGGGCCCCCACCAGACUGACACCAACACCACCACCCCUACCUCCGCCGACCACAUUUCCGGCGGGCCUGGGUCAAAUCUGAACGGGAGAAAGCGUAUACGGACAAAAUUCACCGCAGAUCAGAAGGAGAAAAUGUUCGAAUUCGCCGAGAGGGUUGGGUGGAAGAUUCAGAAGAGAGACGAAGAUCUGAUCAACAACUUCUGCAGCGACAUCGGAGUGGAGAGGGUUGUUUUUAAGGUAUGGAUGCACAACAACAAGAACAUUUCCGGCAAGAGGGAUCAUGGGAUCGCCGCCGCCUCCGGCGGCGGCCUCAACUACAAUGACAAUGUUCAUGGUAUGAAUUUUAAUUUACUUAAUGCAAAAAGUCAAAAUCUUGACUCGACCGCCGCCGGAACAGCCACCGCCUGCCAAUUCGACAUGAAGAAUGAAAACAAUAACGGCGUCACCGCCCCUCUCGCCGCCGCCGCCGCCGUUAAUGGGUCGUAUUAUUCUUCUUGAUUAGCUCGUUCUCGUUACGCCGCCGCAUUUCCAUAUCCUAAAUUAAUUAACACCGUCUUCCUUAAAAACAAUUAGUGGUGCUAAACCUGCUGAUUAAAAAAAACUUCCCCGGAAUUUAAUCAGGAGGAUAGUAGAGAAUAGCCUGCCUAUAUGUUCUUCUUAUCAAUAUGAUCCUUGUUCAAUUGCUUCCCUAGUUUGUUCUUCUUAAACUCUAAUUGUUUUUUCUUAAUUUUUUCCCUAAAUUAAAUGGUCCUCUUAGUGCAAAAGUUAAAUUAUGUCUUAUCAGAAGUAGGGAAUAUUAUUAAUAGGAGCAUGAUCUAUUAUGU